AUGGAGACUAAAUUGGGUGGUAACAAAGCCAAAGAAGUUACUGAUAGGCUGCCAUUUGAUGGAGCCAUCCAUACGGAGACGAUUUGUCUCACUGGUGGGUUGUGGUUGCUGUGGAAUGAGGACCAAGUGGAGAUUCAGGAGCUAGCUAAAACAGAGCAGGAAAUUCAUGUAGAAGUAAAGGUACGUGCCUCAAAUCUCUCAUGGAUUUUCUCUGCCAUAUAUGCUAGUCCUAAGAAUGAGGAAAGAUGCAUUCUUUGGAGCAAUUUAUCUAAGGUUGCAGAAUUGCAUAAUAAGCCAUGGAUUAUGGCGAACGAUUUUAAUGAACCUAUUGUGAAUGAGGAUAAAUUUGGAGGCAGUGGUGUUAGUGUGAAUAGGUCUCUAGCAUUCAAAGAUUGCUUAGAUUUAUGCAGUAUGGUUGAUAUGGGCUUUUCUGGUCCAAGGUAUACCUGGACUAACAAACGGGAUAUUAACAAUCUCAUUUUGGAAAGGAUUGCCAGAUUUUUCAUGAACCCGAAUUGUGUUUGGAGUAGGGACAAGAACUUAGCUGAAUCUAUUGAGGUUUUCUCUAAGGAAGCAACCAUUUGGAACAGGGACCAUUUUGGGAACAUCCACCAGAAGAAGAGGAGAAUCAUGGCUAGAAUCUAUGGUGCCCAAAAAGCUCUUUCCAUCUGUCUAAGCUCCUCCCUCAUUAAUCUUAAGAACCAACUACAUCAGGAACUGGAGGCUGUUCUAGAUCAAGAGAGGGAUCUUUGGAUGUUGAAAUCUAGAAUUAAUUGGUUGGUCCAGGGAAACCGUAAUACAUCAUUUUAUCAUGUGUCUACCUUAGCAAGAAGGAAAAGGAACCAUAUUGACUCAGUCAAAGAUGAGAGGGGGUUGUGGUUAACUGAUGAGAGAGAAGUCAUGGAGCACUUUAGAAGUGGUUUUGUCUCCCUGUAUACCACUUAUUUUGAGGCGGCCUCUCGGGUUCCAAGUUAUGAAGUAUCUUGGCAGGUGCAAUUGCCCGAGCAAGCUAAGGAUUCUAUUGGUGCCAUGGUCACUUUAGAGGAAAUUAAAGAUACUUUAUGGUCCAUGAAACCAUAUAAGGCUCCGGGUUCGGAUGGUCUUCAUGCUGGAUUUUUUCAAUGUUUUUGGCUUGUAGUUGGGGAAUCUGUUAAGGAGGAAGUUAGGAGAGUUUUCAUCAAAAGGAAAGUCCCCGAUUAUCUUAACAAAACCCUCAUUAUGCUUAUUCCUAAAAUCCAAGGCCUAGAAACCAUUGGAAAUUAUAGACCAAUUAAUCUUUGUAAUACUAUUUACAAGAUCAUCUCAAAGAUCAUUGUUGCUUAG